UAGAGGGAAGCUAGUGUCUUAAGAGAAUGAGUAACUCUUCAGCAGGACCCAGUAAAGUGAGAGUUGGAUCAUCCCAGCCAUCAGAAGCUGCACUUAAGCGCAAGCGAGGAGUUUUUCAGAAAGAUUUGCAGCACAUGAUGUAUGGUUUUGGUGAUGAUCCCAAUCCGCUUCCAGAAACUGUUGCGCUCGUGGAGGACAUUGUUGUGGAGUAUGUAACUGAUCUGGUGCAUAAAGCUCAAGAUAUUGCAUCGAAAAGGGGAAAGCUAUUAACUGAGGAUUUCUUGUUCCUAAUUCGUAAGAAUAUGGUGUGGGUCUAUGACAUCGUGUGCCAGCAACCAAAGAUAAGCUAACUGGGCUACUUUGUUGAUUUUCUUCCCUUCCCCCAAUUAGCUUCAACAAAAUUAUGCGGGCUAACGUUUUCUCUGAAACGUACUCUUGAGGAUCAUGUGGCCUGUUCUUGCUUUUUGGAAUUCGACCUAUUAUCUUAACAUGUGAAUGAGUGUACUAAUUGGUUUUUUUUUUUUUUUUUCAUUUGGUUGUGUGCCUAAUAUAAACUCAAUCAUUUGGUCGUUUGUAGGACCUGCCUAAGCUCAACCGCUCGACAGAACUGCUGUCUAUGAAUGAGGAACUGAAACAAGCAAGGAAGGCUUUUGAGGUUGACGAAGAAAAGCUGGCAACAAUUGAGUGAUACGGGAAUGGAACUCUCCCUUUUUCCUCAGUUUACUCUUCUUCAGUGAGGUCUACGAGUUACUAUAUGGUAUGUCUUUUGUGUCGCAGUGUAAAAACAAAUGAACUGUCCUCAACUAAUACAAGUUGGAGUUUGAUAGAUCUUUAUUCGAGUAUUGUACACUAAACAAUUGCUCUGGCCUUGGAUGCAUUACCUGGUAGAAUUUGAAUC